AUGGCAGCAAAUUGUGGAACUAUCAAACGCAUCACCAAGGGCCGCCAUUUUGUGAUUGUCUAUGCCACCUGCAGCAACGGUAAACACUCAGGCAUCCUACAGUGGUCAUUUUGCGACUAUUUCUGUUUUUAACCUAUCUGUUAAGCACACAAAGAUCAACGUCCUGUCUUAAGUUCAUUCUGGCCUAUAUCUUGGAGGCAAGUACAGAUCAUAGCUAUGUGCCUUAUCACCUACCCUAAUUCUGAAUCUUUGAUCCAUGCUUCCCACUGCCCCUGGUAUGUCUUCUGUUCUUGGUCAGACAUAAGCUUCCAUUUUUGAAAGCUGCACCACCUUGGGUGGGUGGGUGGGGGACAUCAGUCUGUUCCAAAUAUAGAUAGAAAGCUGGUUUUGGGUGUGAGGAUAGAAUUUAAACCAAACCUAAUUAAUGAGAGCUGAUAAUUUACGGUAAAUAAAGUUGAAAGAGGAUGGUAUCUACGAUCUGGUACAUUGGUGGGAGAUAGAGGCUAUCAAAGAAGUGAGGUGUGUCAAGGAACAACAAGGCAAGGAACAAGCCACAGGAGUGGAAUGUUCCUGAAAUUAUUAAAGCUGGAUUCAGUUAAAAGAAGAAUGGAGGUGUGUGUGUAGGAUGAAAUACUACAGUUAAAUGCACGAAGUAGCAUAUAAAAAGGAAACUCCACAGAGGGUUGCAAACUCCUCUUUGUGAAGGUGAAGACACCUAUUAUGACCACCUGAAACGUCUUUGUCUUCCACUUGGGGAUUGUGAGUAUGCUCUCUCAGGUUGUAUUAGUUGCAAGGAAAGAAUUGUUUCCCUUGCAGGGGAAAAGGACUUCUACACAAGCCUCUUCUUUUUCUCUUUCUUGCUAGAGCCUUUUAGAGAGGAGGAGGAAGAGAUGGGUAUCAUACCGAAUCCUUUGUUGUUGGUUGUCCCAGUGCUUUGCGUGAACUGAAUUCAACUUCAUUGGUCUUGCAGUGUUAAUAUUAUGUGCUUUGCUGCACACUAUGUGCACUCGUAAGAUACAAUGGGUCAGAAAUGAAUAGGGAGAGGUUUUUCUCCCAUUCACAACACAAGGAUCAUCCAAUGAAGCUAAAUUUUGGAACUUAAAGCACAAGAACAGCUAAAAGGGAGCAGUAGCGGAACUUAGGCCCUCAAAUUUCAGUGCCCUGUGCAAUGCUAAAAUUUGGUCAUCCCCCCCACCUCUCACACUCUGUUCUACAUCAUGAUUGGAGCCCCCCCCCUCAGGGGACGCUGGCACCCAGUGGGGCUGAAUUGGUUGUGUUACUUUAAAACCGCCUCUGAAGGCAGGGGUAUUCCACAAACUGUAUAUUUUAACUAGAAUCAGACACACAAAACUGUUCUGAUACGAGGAAUGACUUUCUGAGCUUAGUGUGAAAUAUGCCUAGUUACUAACAGUUUUACCAAGUCUUACCAAACAAGAACUUAGUAGAAAAAUCAGUGGCAUAGCAAUUAGCUAAACCUAAGCACAAUUGUGGCCCACCAGGGACUUCUGAGCAAAAAGCUUCAAGAUAAUAUUGGUUGUUUACCUUUUAUACCUAUGAAAGAUAUAGCCAAUAAUAAUACUUACUAAUAAAUAAAUUGUGGUGCCCAGAACUGGACGUUGUAUUUCAGGUUUGGUCUGACCAAGACAUAAGGGAGUACUACUAUUACUUCCCUUGAUCUGGACACUAUAUUUCUGUAGAUGCAGCCGAGAAAAGCUGCUGCAUCACACAGUUGACCCAUGUUAAGCUUAUGGUAUGCUAAGACCCCUAGAUCCUUUUCACAUUUACUGCUAGUAAGCCAGGUGUCCCCCAUCUUUUAUUUGAGCAGCUGGUUCUUCCUGCCUAAUUACAGAACCUUACAUUUGUCCCUACUGAAAGUCAUGUUGUUAGCGUGGGCCCAGUUCUCCGAUCUGUUACGGUCAUAUGAAAUCUCAAUUUUGUCUUUUGCGGCAUUAGGUACACCUCUUGGUUUGGUGUCAUCAACAAAUUUGAUUCUCGUCCCCUAAAUUCCUUCAUCCAAAUCACAACAAUGCACAACAAUGGGCCCAGGAUAGAACCCUGCAGCACCCCACUUGUCACUUUUUUCCAGGAUGAUGAGGAACCAUUAAUGAGCACUGUUUGGGUUUGAUCAGCUAGCUACAAAUCUACCUAACAGUUAUCUCAUCUAGCUCACAUCUACCAACUUCUCUACAGGAAUAUCACAGGGGACUUUGUCUUGCUCUGUAUACAUUCUGGGGCAUUGAGCUUCAGGAACUGUAGGUAGUAAUUCUUUCGCUUCCACAGUUGCAUUGGACUCUUAUCUGGCAUGAACUUUAUUGGUGUUUUGAUAAUCAGGCAAUGUCCUUUUUUAUUGUCCCUAAUAUAUAUAAUAUAUAUAUUAAAAAUAUAUAUAAAAAUAUAUUGUGUGUGUAUAUAUAUAUAUAUAUAUAUAUAUAUACACACACACACACACUAUAUAUAUAUAUUAUAUAUAUAUAUAUAUACACUAUAUAUAUAGUAUAUAUUAAAAAUAUAUACUCUAGCAACUGCUAUAGUUGCUGUUUUUAUCCUGCUCUUUACUCACGGUUACAUUUUUAUCAAUGUGAUUUAUAUCAGGUGUCCUUGAAGAGUGCAUACUGAAAUCAUUGCCUCAUAAGGAAUUGCCACAUCCAGCCAAUCAAGAUCUCAGUCUACAAAGUUGA